AUGCUUCACAAUGCAUCGAGUAAAAAUGAAACAACCCACCAAGCCGCAGAUGCCAGCGACUUGGCGACCAUGCACUUUGUCUACUACCAAAUGGCGCUGCAAGAGGCGGAUACCUUGCGCAUGGGCGUCACGCGCACGGGAAGAUUGGAAAAUGCGAGGGCGGAUAUGUGA